AUGGCGCCAUCCGUCCAUCAGGUUGCCCAGAUCUUCGAAGAUCCCGAGCCUCAACAAAGAGGCCGAAGAGCGAACCACAAUCGAGGUCCCUCCGUGGGAGACGUCCUAAGAGGACGUCGGAAGGACAAUUGUAGUCCUACAAAGUCACAGACCCGGUCCAGUCGAGAAACUGCAAGUUCUGCCAGUCCACUUGGAGAGCGUCACAUCAACAGCCCACCUCAACCGAAACGAGUUGCAACCAAACGAGACGAUGAGCCCGCUCACCCUGCUGGUCCCCGUAAUCACAAGAAGACUGGGAGCUCGGUAUCGCUAAAAGGAAUUAUCUUGGGCAAAGAGAAGAGUGCAUGCAACGGUAGUGUUUCUUCCGACGAAGGGCGGACGAUCGACAGCAAGCUUAAGAAGGUCAAAUCAGCCGGCAACCUGUCUGGACUACUGAAACGGAGAUCAAAAAAGGAUCUCAGGGAAGAAGAUAAUAAUAGUAAUAACAACAACAACAACAACAACCAGGAAAAUUGCCCUCCGAAGACAACACCCGUCGAGAGUCCCACCUCUAUUUGGGCACAGUUUGCUACUCAACCCCUAGAGGCUGCGGAUGGCACGAUGAUUUACCCAAUGUCGAAGAGAAGAACCGUUGAAGAGGAGAUAAAACUAUACACCCCCAAAGACUACUCGGAAUUCCGGCCUGCCGAACAGAGGAACUUUUAUGGUUACGCGCUCGCGACACCAUCAAUGCUGGACUACCAGCCACCUCAAAGGCCAUUCCUGGAGCACAAAUCUAGUAGAAGCUCCAUCUUCACGGAGAACAUUGACGAUGAUGUUGAGGACGGAUUUAAGCGGCCAAAGAGUCGAGACCAGCCCACCAGUCGCCCGGUCUCCUCUUCCAAGCCCCAAGCUCAUCUUGAUGCUCAGGCUCAACCUGGAAACUCACUCCAAGCAGAUCCUAAAGCCAAAUUAGGCUCGAGGGUCUUCGAAGCAAUCCAAACCUUCAACAUGAGAGCCCGCAAGGGCGCUCGCUCGGUCCCAGAGACCCCGACUGCCGCGACUUCCCCUCUGAGUCCGCAAGAACUAGACUCAGCCUUCGAGAAGGUGUUAGAUUCCCUGAACAUCCCCCUCAACAUGCGGGACAAUAUGCGAAAUCUCAAGCCGGAUGUGAAGGCAGGCCUGAUGAAGGGUGAGCGUAUUGGCAGUGGCUCAUCCACGGCGUUAGCCUUAACUGAUAGCCAGGAGGCCAGCUCAGCAGCCAGGAACUCUCACAGGAAGGAGAAUGAGAGACCAAAGAGUGAGGGUGAGGGGGCUAAAGAGGCCAAGGAUGGCAGACGAUCCAGGUCGCGAUCCCGCCCGAGAAGUCGUAUCCUGACUUUGACCAGACGGGAGGAAGACUCUCCCCCCAAGCAAGACAGACCAAGUUCAUCCCUGAGAUCACGCAGCAAAUCCAGGAACAAAUCUGCCGACUUGACCGGCUCCAGACCGACCUUGGCGAAAGCCAUGGCCUCGACAGCGUCGCUGGCAUCCCUCAACCCGGCAGAGAGCGCCACCACUCCGGGCGAUUUCAUUCAUUACCUUCGGGAAGUGCAGAAGCCCGCACUAGUCGAAGUGAGCAAACUGCACAAGUUGAGGAUUCUCUUGAGGAAUGAAUCAAUCUCUUGGACCGAUCACUUCGUGAGCAAGGGCGGCAUGGACGAACUAGUCCAACUGUACUACCGCAUUUCAAAGAUCGAGUGGCGAGAAGAACAUGAAGACAACCUCCUUCACGAGGCGUUGUUGUGCCUGAAAGGGCUAUGUACGACCUCGCUUGCUCUACAACGUCUGCAGCAAGUGGAGCAUGAGUUCUUUCCUGUUCUCUUGCACAUGUUAUUUGAUCCCGAGAGAAAGGGUCCAUCAGAGUUCAAUACAAGAGGAGUCAUAAUAUCACUUCUUUUCGCUCAUUUGUCAGCGGACGUCGGCUCUAAUCAGGAGCUUGUUUAUGCACGAGCACAGACAAUCCUUGGGUUCCUCAGGGAUCCUGCACCGGAGGAUGGCAAGCAGCCGCUUGACUUUGUCUCACAAAUGCAUACUCCUCGUCCUUACCGAGUCUGGUGCAAAGAAGUUGUUAAUGUCACCAAGGAAGUGUUUUGGAUAUUUUUGCAUCAUCUCAACGUUAUCCCCAUUGUUGAGGUUGAUGAGUCGGUGGGAUAUUGUCAAGCACACUUCCCGCCUCCCCGACCACCCCACCCAGCAGCUCCGUACGUGGGAGGAGUUGAAUGGGAAGCGACGCAGUACCUCGCGACUCACCUGGACUUGUUGAAUGGGCUGAUUGCCUGCCUGCCAACGGCGAAAGACCGUAAUUCGUUGCGAGAGGAGUUAAAACAAUCCGGAUUCGAAAAAGUGAUGGGGGGCAGCCUUCGAACAUGCAAAGAAAAGUUCUACUCCGGAGUUCAUGAGGGUUUGAAGUGUUGGGUUGCAGCGGCCAAGACAGACGAGUGGCCAGUGGAAGACGUCAGAGCAGGGCCACCAAGGGAAACGGCAAGCCCCAAAAAGAGCCCAGUGAAGAAAACAACUGACGAACCUCCACAACUAGCAUUGAAUGUGGGUGCUGGCCGCGGUCAGGCAACAACAGUCGAUGACGGGUGGAUUUGA